AUGUUAUUGGCAAAUGGUGAGAUAAAAAAAUACUUUGAUACUGUGGUUGCUGGUGGAGGUACAAGCUUCGCAAGUGUUUUUGGAAAAAUUAUCAAAAAUCUUAACCAGAUUAAUAAUGAUUUGGCUAUCAUCUUCUUCACUGAUGGAGUUGACAAAUCCUUAAAUGAAAAUCAUAAAAAUAAGUUGAAAGAAGCUUUGUUAAACAUUCCAUUUGGAACUGAAGUUCAUAGUAUUGGUUUUACAGCAAGUCAUGAUGCUAGUCUUCUUUUAUGGUUAACACAGUGUGGAAGUAAAAUCGGAUCGAUUCCAUGGGUUUCACCUAAAUAUAUUUCUGAUGAUCCAAAAAUGAAGGAAUACUAUAAGGAUCAGCCACAACUUUCAGUUAUAUGGGAAAUCUUGAUGAAUAGAAAAGAACCAUAUAAUAACAUGGAUAAUGAUGAAAUUAUAGAGAUUAAGCUUUCUAAAAAAAUUGACAAUUUAAUUGAAGAACUUAAAGGAGAAAAUACACCAGAUGAAUUAAGAAAUAUAGUUCAAAAAUGUUGCGACUACAAUCCUCUCAAUCGUAUAGCCUUGGAAGAAGUUGAACUUCUCCUUUCAAAUUUUAAUUUGG